GCCCGGGACUCCUUCUUGUCCGGGCAGUGGGGAAUGCAAUCAUGUUCACACCUUGACCAUUAUCUUCUUCUGUGGAACCCAAACUUGACAACAAGGAAGAUGUCAGAGUUUUCCAUUUAGAGCACCAACUUCAAGUUCUUACCAUGGACAAAUCAGAGAAAACUGAAGUGGUUCUUCUUGCUUGUGGUUCAUUUAAUCCAAUCACCAACAUGCACCUCAGAUUAUUUGAGCUGGCCAAGGAUUACCUGAAUGGAACAGGAAAAUAUAGAGUUAUCAAAGGCAUAAUUUCUCCUGUUGGUGAUGCAUAUAAGAAGAAAGGGCUCAUCCCUGCCCACCACCGAAUCAUCAUGGCAGAACUUGCCACCAAGACUUCCAACUGGGUGGAGGUGGACACGUGGGAAAGUCUUCAGAAGGAGUGGACAGAGACUGUUAAGGUGCUGAGACACCAUCAAGAGAAGCUAGAGGCUGGCAACUGUGACCACAGGCAGAACUCACCUGUGGUUGAAAGGUCUGGACGGAAGAGGAAGUACAUGGAACAAAGACAGGAUUCUAGUCAGAAGAAAUCCCUAGAGCCCAAAACAAAAGGUGUGCCAGAGGUGAAGUUGCUGUGUGGGGCAGAUUUACUAGAGUCCUUCGGUGUGCCCAAUUUGUGGAAGAGUGAGGACAUCACCCGAAUCGUGGCAGACUAUGGGCUGGUAUGUGUCACUCGGGAUGGAAGUGAUGCUCAGAAAUUCAUCUAUGAGUCUGAUGUGCUGUGGAAACACCAGAGCAACAUUCACCUGGUGAACGAGUGGAUCAACAACGACAUCUCGUCCACAAAGAUCCGGAGAGCCCUCCGAAGGGGCCAGAGCAUUCGCUACUUGGUACCAGAUCUGGUCCAAGAAUACAUUGAAAAGCAUGAUUUGUACAGCUCUGAGAGCGAAGAUAGGAAUGUUGGGGUUGUCCUGGCUCCUUUGCAGAGAAACACUGCAGAGGCGAAGUCAUAGAAAUGCCACAGCUUGACAGUUUGGAUCACUCUUCUGGAGAUUUUAAACAAUCUGGUGUUGUAACUCAGGAAAGAAAUCUUUAUCUUUCAUAAACAAAAUUUUAAAAAUCUGAUAAUAGUCAGUUGGAAAUUAAAAUAAGAUUUAUUUUUUCUUUUUA